AUGGCGGACGGUGGAGCAGCAGCAGCAGCAGCAGCAGCGGCAGAGGUAGCGGCGGCGGUGGCGUCUGGCGGUGGCGGAGCGGAGCCGCCGGCCAAGCGGCUGUGCCGGGGGGGCUGCGGCGCGGCGGCGUCGGCGGCGGCGGCCGCGGCGGCCGCAGCGGCUCGAGCGGCCCAGACAAAGCCGGCCCACGGCAGGCUGCACAAGCCCGACACCCUGCUGGACAUCAGCGCCAAGAGAGUGGCGGAGAAAUGGCCCUUCGAGCAGGUAGAGGAGAGAUUUUCUCGUAUUCCGGAGCCAGUUCAACGGAGGAUUAUUUUCUGGUCCUUCCCCAGGAAUGAGCGAGAGAUUUGCAUGUAUUCAUCACUUAGCUAUCAGUGUCAGGAAGGGGAGAAGGAUGGUGAAGUUCCCUUCAACAAAGGAUUGCGAUUGUUGGAAACUGGAGCCAUAGAUCGGGUGCUGCAAGUAGGAUUUCAUUUGAGUGGAACUGUGACUGAGCUCGCCAACCAGGGUGAACCUGAGAAAAUGUACAAAGUUGCCAUCAGCUUUGACCGCUGCAAGAUUACCUCUGUGACGUGUGGCUGUGGUAAUAAGGACAUCUUUUACUGUGGCCAUGUAGUGGCCCUUUCCCUAUACCGAAUCCGCAAGGCUCAGCAGGUGGAGCUGCGGCUACCCAUCUCCGAAACGCUCUCGCAAAUGAACCGCGAUCAGUUGCAGAAGUUCGUCCAGUACCUCAUCACUGCCCAUCACACAGAAGUUCUUCCAACCGCACAGAAACUGGCUGAUGAAAUUCUCUCAUCUUGUUCAGAAAUUAAUCAAGUGCACGGUGCUCCUGACCCUACAGCAGGUGCAAGUAUUGAUGCUGAGAACUGCUGGCAUCUGGAUGAAGAGCAGGUACAGGAGCAAGUGAAAGUGCUGCUGUCAAUCAGUGGAUACUACGGAGCUAGUAAGCAGCUGCACUCCAUGUUUGCCAAGGUGCGGGAGAUGCUCAGGAUGUGGGACUCCAAUGGGGCUCGUAUGCUGACUCUAAUGACGGAACAGUUUAUGGAAGACCCACGGCUCUCUCUCUGGCGACAACAGGGGACAGGAAUGACUGAUAAAUGUCGGGAGCUGUGGGAUGAGUUAGGUGCUCUCUGGGUGUGUGUGGUACUGAACCCUCACUGUAAGCAGGAGGAGAAAGCUGGCUGGCUUGAGCUACUCAGGAAGUGGAACAACAUGGAUGUCUGCCCGCAAGAAGAUGGUAACUAUGGCAACCACAUCAACGAAACCCCUAGUAUCACUGGUAUACAACACAACUCAAAUCGAAACCAAGCAGGCACCCGGCGAACUGUUUUUGUGCGUGCAAUAGAAGCCUGUGGACUCGACUGGAAAGACUGUCACCUCCGGAAAAUUAUCAGCAGUGACAGCUACACAAACCAGUGGCGAGAUGGAGACCGGUCACUCUUCGACUCUCAGGGGCGUCCCCUUUGGCUUGAGCAUGUCCCAACUGCAUGUGCCAGAGUGGAUGCACUGAGAUCUCACGGGUACCCACGGGAAGCUCUUCGUUUGGCUAUUGCAAUUGUCAAUACACUGCGAUUGCAGAAGAGACGCCAGUUGGAAAUGUACAAGCAACAAAAGAAAGAACUGUUGCAGAAAGGGUCAACCACCAUCUCAAACCAGGAAGGUUGGGUUGGACAUCCCCUGGAUCCUGUCGGGUGUUUGUGCAGGACUUUGCUUGAAGCUUGUAAAAUGGAGGACGACAGCUCUGUAUUGUUCACUGAUUCAAUAAGUGAUAUUAGGAAACCAGUCUAUCAGCACUUUCCAAUUCCUGGCAGCAGCAACACGGGAGAGUCCUACUAUGCCCUUGCACUUGAGGUGGCACUAAUAGGGUUAGGACAGCAAAGGUUAAUGCCAGAGGGACUCUAUGCCCAGGACAAGGUUUGUCGAAAUGAAGAACAGCUUAUAUCGAUGCUGUCUCAAAUGGAGUUUGAUGAGCGGCUUGUACAAGUUUUGCGUAAACAGACGCUUUUACUACUGGAAGGGGGUCCCUUCAGCGGUCUGGGUGAGGUCGUCCAUCGGGAGAGCGUUCCCAUGCACACUUUUGCAAGAUACUUGUUCAAGGCUCUCCUGCUUCAUGACCCUGAUCUGGCCUACAAAGUGUCUCUGAGAGCAAUGAGGCUGCCAGUGCUGGAGUCGAUGGCACCUGCAGGCGAUGGCUCUCACCCGCACCUCGUCGCAUUAGUGGAUCCAAGCCGUUACCCGCGUUGGUUCAUCCUUGGGCACCUUGAAACUCAACAGUGCGAGCUAGCAUCCACCAUGUUGACAGCUGCGAAAGGAGAUCCAAAGUGGCUGAGAGUGGUCUUGGAAUCCAUUCAGCAGAACAUUCAUUCUCCAUCACUCAUAUACAAGCUAGCGCAGGAUGCUUGCAAAACAGCUACGCCACCAAAUUCUGCACCUGACAUUACACUCCUCAAUGUAUCCCUGGAGCUAGGCUUACAGGUAAUGAGAAUGACGCUGUCAACUAUGAACUGGCGACGUCGUGAGAUGGUCCGUUGGUUGGUGAGCUGUGCUACGGAAGUUGGUGUUUGUGCCUUGAUGAAUAUAAUGCAGAAUUGGUAUUCUCUCUUCACUCCAACUGAAGCCACUACAAUAGUAGCUGCCACAGUGACCUCUCAUGCCACUGUUCUGCGCUUGAAUUUGGACUAUACCCAACGCGAGGAGCUGGACAGUUGUGCACGGACACUUGCACUCCAGUGUACAAUGAAGGACCCUCAGAAUUGCGCACUGUCAGCGCUGACACUGUGCGAAAAGAACCACGUAGCCUUUGAAACCGCGUACCAGAUUGUCCUGGACUCUGCCUCCACAGGUAUGAGCUACUCGCACUUGUUCACCAUCGCCCGGUACAUGGAGCACAGGGGCUUCCCGAUCCGCGCCUACAAGAUGGCCAGCCUGGCCCUGUCCCACCUCAACGUCGCCUACAAUCAGGACACCCACACGGCCAUCAACGACGUCCUGUGGGCCUGCUCGCUGAGCCACUCGCUGGGCAAGAACGAGCUGGCCGCCAUCGUGCCGCUGGUCAUCAAGAGCGUCCAGUGCGCACCCGUGCUGUCGGACAUCCUGAGGAGGUGGACCAUGUCCGCCCCGGGCUUGGCUGGCGUUCCUGGCCGCAGGAAUUCCGGGAAGCUCAUGUCGACGGAGAAGGCCCCGCUCUGCCAGCUGCUCAACGCGACGAUCGAUGCAUACAUCAGCACCACGCACUCUCGCCUGACCCACAUCAGCCCCCGCCAUUACAGCGAGUUCAUCGAAUUCCUCAGCAAAGCCCGGGAGACCUUCCUGAUGGCUCAGGACGGGCACAUUCAGUUUACACAGUUCAUAGACAACCUCAAACAAACCUAUAAAGGCAAGAAAAAGCUUAUGAUGCUGGUUCGAGAACGCUUUGGCUGAAGUUCAGGAUUCCACCCUGGCCCAAGUCUUCCUACGUUGCAGUUGAAGUCCUUUUUAUCUUUUUUUUUUAAUUUCCAAAAAAAAAGCGAGAAAGAGGCAUAAACCCACCUAGUCAUUCCACGUGCAUCAGUAUUCCUGCGGCUGAGAAGCAGGGACUUGGCCCGCCCCCUCCUAGACACCCGGCUGUUCGGUCCAAAGGAUCUGCCGAGGCUGGAUCAAGGUCCCACUGGUGAUGGAGAGUUGGGGGAUAGUGCUGGCAGAGAGACGUGGGAGCCACCAGUGUUUAAAAGGGGUCGAACUGGCAGGCGAUGAGUCGGUCACCCUGGCUGAGAGUCUCCAGUCGUUUCAUAGAUCUGAGUGUUAGUUGUCUGUUCUGUGAAGCAGUUGUUUACUAAUAGAAAGUGUUCCAUUGCAGUACCUGGCAUACAUCGAGUGAGGGAAGCUUUUUGGGGUGGGGGGGGGGGGGGAAGAGAGGGAGAAGAGAUGCACAGAGUGUAUACUCCCCACCUAAGGAUUUGCAAGAGUGUUUAAACCUAUCUUUUGUCACC